ACUCAAUAUCUGCUUUACGGCGGAAGUCCGAAAUCAAUUCCCGAACACAUUUUUUCUGUAUGGAAAUCUUGAUGACACCUCAGACCCCUGAACAAAAAAUUACCGGUACUGUAGAAAAGCUAACUGAAGAGUUAGGGGGAUAUUUUUUAGAAAAAGCCCAAGAUAAAUUUGAAGCUAUCAGGUCGGUGCAUACAAACUGGUUUGAUGAUCUUGUUGGGACUCUGGUAUCUGAGUUUCAGAAAAAUACAUCUGUUGAAUGUGCAGAGAUUCUCUCUCAGUAUGAUGUAAACAAAAAAGGCGCUUUAGUCCAGGAAGCUAAUCAAACAUUACGUCGUAGGAAAUCCUGGCGACCUUCCGGAGAUCCCGAGAAAGAUAUAAAAGCUCAUAUUUUACCACUCAACAAAUCUUAUUUAGAGGAUUUGCGUUCUUACUCCAAAGAAUUAGAUUUAGAGGUGGAUAAAUGUUCAAAAGAAUUGACAAAAUUGCGUCAAAUCCUCGUUGAUGAAUUCGCUGAAUUCCAAUCGGUUGCAAAGAAACUGCAAAAGUUAACUGGGUCUACAGAAAAAACUACUCCAUGUUUUCUUGGAUAUGAUGAAUCUACUUAACAAUGAGGAAAAAAAAUGGAGAGAAUUCCCUUCUAUUUUGUAUUGAUUGUUUUUAUCUUGUUUAUUCAUUGGUACUGAAACUGUCCCAGUUGAGAUGAAGUUCAUGCCUGAUAUCUUUUAUGCAUUUUAUAUAAAUUUACUGAGACUAAAAAAGACCGGUGAAGAAUUAAAAAUGUGCUUUUUGUUAUAGAAAAAAGGCUUACCAUUGUUCAA